CGUUAUAUUCUGAAGUGAUAGGGGGCGAUAUUUCAAUUGACAACACGUCUGCCACAGUGCAGAAGAAGAAAGAGAACCAUGUUCAAGGUUCCAGCCCAGGGCCCUGUGGGCAUGAUGAUGGGAGUGGUCUUUGCUGCUACCCCCAUUGAUGAGAAAUCGCCCAGCAGUGAGCUUAGCCUGGAGGAGCUGUCCCUGUACACCAGUCCACAGCCCAGACUGCGUUAUGUAGAGCCGCCAGCAGGCCAGCUGGAGCAGGGGGUCACCACUGUACGCCAAGCCACCCAGCCAUACAUCACCUGGGGACAGCAAACCACAAACUCGGCAGUGAAGAAAGUACAGGGGGUGUAUGGGAAGGUGAAGCCGAUAGUGGAUGAUGCCGUUCAAAUGGGGAAAGAUGGUUAUGUCUAUCUUCAGAACCCUCCCCCAGAGUUCUAUCCACGAGCAGGGGUUAUCGGGUUUGCAGGCAUCCUGGGACUGUUCCUCGCCCGAGGCUCUAGGUGGAAGAAGUUGGUGUAUCCUACUGGACUGAUGGCCAUUGGAGCGUCUGUGUACUAUCCUCAGAAGGCAUCCGAAAUGGCCAAGGCUACUGGUGAUGGCAUCUAUGAUUAUGCACUUCAGGCCUAUGUUGCCAUGGAGCAACUGGUGAAGCCUGCACCCAAGCCGCUCAAAGAGAAGGUUGAGAAAAGUGCCAAAGAGGAGACCAAAGCUUGAACUCUGGAGCCGGUCCAGGCUGCUUGACUUGUCUGAGGGAGACAAGGUUCUAUCCAGUUCUGAGCAAAGCCACACCCCUUAACCAUAUUCAAGCCUCCCCCAACAUUCUGCACUAUAACGAGACACAAUAUUACUAAAAAGAGUCCAAGAAUGAAACACAUGAAAACACAAGAAAGGCGAGGACAAAAGUGUGUGGACUCUUCUCAAGAUUAUUGUGACUCCUCUUGUCCUGCACCUGAGAGGUUCACAGUGACCUCUUCCAACUGCACUAGAAUAAGACAUGCCCCCAAGAGUGGAAACUACUCCCACAGGGGCGGGGUCUGUCCAAUUACUUCUGUUACAACAGAAAGAAAAAUUAACAAAUGAAAAUAAACAAUAUGUAUACGUUUUAAAAUGCUUUUUCAUAGAUCGUCCAGUAAUUUGGAAUUAAGGGGAAAAACUCUUGUCUCAAAUCUGUAUUAUUAUUUUUUUUAAAUCUUUAACAUGUUUGAUUGAGUUAAAUUCACCUUGGAAACAUGAAUGUAAAAAAUUGAUUCAUAUUUAUAUAUAAAUUAUAAAUGGUCUGACUGUGGAAUUAAAGAUGUAUAUUUGAA